UAGUGUGUAUUGCUCUAUAUCUGCAGUGUGACAGCAAAAAAAAAAAUCGCUUUCAUGUUUCCUCCCCUCCUUAUAUGCAAAGCUCGUUGUAGAAGUAGAAAAGAGACCAGCAAAGAGAGAGAGGCAUUCAGAGAGGUACAGCGAGAGAGAGAGCAAGAGAAGCAGUCAGAUUGUGCGUCAGUCAGAUUGUGCAGUGAAGGGUUGCCUUUGGCAGAGAGCAGAUUGCUGUAUGUUUGUUAUCUCUUUUUUUGCAUUAACCCUGCAGGCAUCUGAUGAAGAGAUGCAGACCAUGAGGUUAUGCCACCACAGAAAAACAGAGUCUACUUGCAGUGAAGUACAUUCUCAUACAACAAUAAAUCUGAGCCUCUAAAUGAGCUUGCAUGGGUGGCUGUUAUCCCGUGCAACUACCAAGCUGAGUCUGAAGAAGAGUGUAGCAUGGAGGUUGAGCAAAAAAUCUAAAGAAUUAAUGAACGGAAAUGAAAAGCCAUCAACAAAGACUGCUGCAGCAUCUGAAGAUCUUCAACUAGAUUUGGCAGUAUCACCAAAAAUCUCUCCGUACCAAAACCCUCCUGCUACUGGCCACUCAUGGGAAACUCAGAUCCAGGAAAAAAAUAACUUCAAGGCUUUUACCCAAGGUGAAGGUGGAAAGUUUUGAGGAAAAGGCCAGAUUACAAAAGAAUGUUGAGCAGUUUCUUCAGCAAAGACUGAGUGAAGAUAACUGCCCACUAAAAAAGAAGAGCAAGAAAAAGAAGGUACAAGAGAAGAUGAAAGAAUAUAAAGUAAAAAGGAGUUGCAGGGGUAACCUGUGGCCUCCAAGAACAUCUGGGAAAACAUAAACAGUCAACAGUAAAUAAGGAACAAAUUUUAAAGAGGGAAAACCUCUUUAAAACCUUAAUGAGAGCUGGUAUUCAGAAGUAAACCAUGAAAAAGAUAUAUAUCGGCAAAACGGCCCCAAAAACCUCUCGGAAUGGUGGUAAACAUCAGAAAAAGAGCUCAUUGCAGGAGCAAAAGGAAGACCUGCGGAAGCGGCUAUCUUAUACCACUCAUAAGCUGGAACUACUAGAAAAUGAAUUUGACUCCACCCGGCAGUACCUGGAGACUGAAUUGCGUCGUGCUCAGGAGGAACUUGACAAGUUCACUGACAAACUUCGGCGAAUACAGAGCAGUUAUUCAGCACUGCAGAGAAUCAACCAGGACCUAGAAGAAAAGAUACACAGAACAUCACAGCACCAUGAUGAUGAGAAGCGGGCACUGGGACGGGAGAUCCUGGUCCUGAACAGCCAUCUCAUGGAAGCCAAGAUGACGAUUGAGAAGCUGAAGGACGACAAUGACUUGUACAGGAAGGACUGUAAAAUAGUUGCCCAGCUUUUGCAGUGCAAUAAGUCCCACUACAGAGCCCUGCUCUCAGAGUUGCCUGAAGAGUUUCAGGAGAGGCUGAGACUUCAUAUGGAACUUUCAUCCCUGUGCCACUCCCCCUACUCUGACACUGUCCCUGCUUCAGUAAUAGCCAGUGUGUUGGAGAAGCCUGAUGAAGUGUGCAGUAUUCAGGCAUCACGUUCACCUAGCCCCCAGCACCACCAACCCCAGGGCUUCCUCGUGGGUACCGGCCUGGGCAGUCCUGAGCGUCUUGGCCUGCGUGCCACAUUUAAGUCUGACCUGUACAGUAGUGACACAGCUCUUUACUGCCCAGAAGAGCGACAACGGGAACGGAGGCCCAGCAUGGAUCUGCAUGACCAUCAGAAACUUUACAGCCUUCAGAACUCCACAGACAGCACUCCAGAGGAAGGAUCCCCUUCCCUACAGCAGGGUUUCUCCCAGGAGCACUUUGGCAAGUUUGCCACCUCUCUGGGUGGAGCCUCUAGCUCCUAUUCCAGUUUCAGUGGGGGUGGCUCUGAGGAUAAAGGGGCAGACCUUCCCAGCAGUGCUGCCUCUUCCCCUCGACCCCACGGACUUUAUAUGGAGUGGAGAGAUACCACUGAUUUUGAACACAAGAGUAACUCUUCUUGGGAGAGAGACAGCCCCAGUGCCUUCAACAAGGCGCACACGUUCCAACCACCUGAGCCCAGCCCCCACCACAACAGUAGCUCGCCGAUCUACAGCAGGACCAUGUCUUCCUGCUACAGUGAGCCUUAUGAACCCCUGCCACACUCCACUUCUCCUAGUAUCACCACCUAUGGUGACAGUCGCCGUGGAAGCACACUACUCCCGGAGGAGGAAGAGCUGAUUGGUCGAUGGAGGCAGUUGAGUGUGGAGGAUGUGAGUGCUCACUCAUAUCACAGCACUGGACGUGCCUCACCUUAUAGCUUCUCUGAGCAGCAUUUCUCCCUGCGACCUGCAAAGAUCCGGCUUGGGCCACUCUACAGUAGCUUCCAGGAGGGGACUGACAUAUAUCACCACCACAUGGGGGUUCUGGAUCCUUUCUCUAGCCCCAGCCCAGAGGUGAGCCCAGGGCUUCGGCAGCCACACAGCCAGCCUCACCUCUUCCAAGCCAAGGAUGACAGCCAGGAGUCAGAGCACAGCCUAUAUAGCCCUGAGGAGCAGGCUGUAGCUGCGGCCAGCCAGCAAGGCGAGUACGUGGAGGUGAGCCCCAACAGCUCCAGUGGGUCCCUGCACCAUGGUUCCUUGGAGAUUGCAGCAGAGCUCCAGCACUACCAACCUGAUCGACAUAGUGCCUCCCCUCAGGGAAGCAAUCCUCCCACCCCCCAGCCACCAGCACAGUACCAAACAUUUAGUUCGCUGGGUUUGUCAAGGAAAGAUAGUCUCACCAAGGCUCAACUCUAUGGGACUCUGCUUAACUGAGGACAGGGCUUCCCCAUCUCAACAUCUGAUUUUCAAACAUGCAUAGUUCUUUGAUUGAACCUUUUUCUCUAUUUCCUUCUGCAUAGGUUCAUGUUGUUUUCUACACAGUGGACAUUAAGUGCUCCAAAUUCUCUAGUUGGUAUGAACCUCUAAUCCAUCACAAUAUUUGUACAGAUACUCUGAAUCUUACUAGCCAUUGUAGUUUGUUACAGAUGCCGUGCUAUUUACUUUGUUUUUUUUUUGUUGUUGUUGGGGGGGGGUGAGAGUGUGUGUAGGUUAAGAUAACAUUAAAACAAGUCUGGGCCAAAUUGAGAUUACCUAAGAAUUUAUUGCAGAGAUUAUUGGAAGAUACUGUAUUCUAAAAGAAAUCAUUUUGACAAUGAAAUUUAACUUAUGUGUUAUUAUAUCGUAUUCUCACUAUCAGUUAUUGCUGCACCAAAAUUUUGGACACAAAGAGAUUUUGGCCAAAAUGGCCAAAACCCACACUAUUGAUCGGUGAGUUAAUGUCCCUGGAUGUCAUCUAGGGACAUACUGGAGAUCGCUGAUGAUAGUUACAAUCCUGAAACUGUACCCUUCCCCAAGCUUAUCAAUGAUAUUACUGAGAGUAUUCAGGCCUAUGCAGAACAGCAGCGGGGACAAUACCCUUAAUAUGUACCACCGUAUAUGCUCAAUUUGGCAACUAUCUUCAAGUUGGCUCCUAGUGUUGUCCUUCAGUGUUCCAUUAAAUUCUGGAUGAAGGCCCUAUAGUCUUAUUGAUCUUAUACAUGGCUAGGCAAGUAUCUAGGUCUGAUAUGAAGUCAUAUGCUUUCCUGAUGGAAGCCUGAUCUUGGAAUCCUGGGUAACAGUUCUAUCUGUCAGUAGGUGGUGCUUUUCUGGUGUUGUUACCAUUCCCCUUCUGAGCAGUGCUCAGUAAUCGCAUUUAUACUCAAUGAGUUUGCUUGCUAAUAUUCCUCACAGGAGCUUCCAUGUUGUGGGUAGGCAGGUUAAAGCUCUGCAGUUGGAUGAUAUUUGGACCUUAUUAUUAUUAUUAUUAUUAUUAUUAUUAUUAUUAUUAUUAUUAUUAUUAUUAUCCUUCAUGAACAGUACUGUCCAGCCUUCUGUUAGCCAGCCCAGAUGGGAGCUGGUAGUUAGCAGCAGGUUCAUUUAUUCUGGUUGGUCAUGCAGAACUGUUAGUUUCUUAGGCCAGUAGACACAGAGCAACAGUGAAAAUGUCAACCAUGUGGAACCAUUUCAUAGUUUCUGAGAGGGAUAUUAGACAAGUAAUUUGUAAUCACUGUUCACAUCAAGUUUCAAGAGGAUAAUAGCACCCAAUGAUUUCUCAACUACAGGUCUGGUAAACCAUUUAAAAAUGACAUCCCGUUCAGUAUGCAGAAUGCAGCAAAACUACGGAAGCAAAAAGAAAGGUCCCUGCUAGCAUGCUGCCACCAUUUGUAGCCACAAUUUUUGAGAAGACAAGCAGUAGUGUAAAGAAGCUUUGGUCCAGUGUGGCCAUAUUUCACUUUGAGUCAAUAAUUUUAAUAUUGGUGCAUCACUUGUAUCAGGAAAUGUGUACCAAAAUGUAAACAAUAUGCACAUCUUGCCAGAUGACUUAGUUGGCAGAGACUCUCAGAAAGCACAGAACACUUGGAGAAGCAGCUGUCUUUAUAAACCCUUAAGAUUAUAAUCUUUACAGAGGAAUCACUAAAUACAAUUGCUAUAAAAAAAGCCUCAAAAUGUAAAUCUACAGUUGACUUGAAUCCUUAGUCUGUAGUUCUGAUAAAGACAUGGUUAUGCUAACAAUAACAGGAUGGUUAGGUUAAUAUCCUACUAAUACAUAUAUUCUUUUAAAAGUCUACUUAUUCAGAUUUAGCUCCACAUCAAUAGGAGUACAGUAUCACAAAAGCACUAGAAAGCAAGUAUGUAUGUAUGUAUUUAUUUGUUGUUGUGCUUUGUUACUGGCUGGAAUAUCUGAGGUGGCUCUCUAUUCGCUGUUUUCCAAGUUGUGUCCCUGCUGUGGUCAGAGUCUCACCCAGGUCCUCUCUACCUCAUGCGCUCUGAUCCUUUUCUCCUAAUCAGCUGCCACCCUGAUGCAUGACUAUUUCUUAUGCUUUGUUUUCUCUAUUAAAUAAAGCAGAAGCACUGCACCAUGGUUCUCGUGCUUGCUCUCUCUCUCUCUCUCU